UAUGACUACUAAUUCAAAAAAAAUUAAAAUUUGGCUUUACCUUAAAUAGUUUUGCGAAAAUAGGCUAGGGGAUGAAAUUAUAUUUCUUCCACAUCUUCCAUCUCUGCCCUCACAACCGGAUAUCGGAAAAUGGACCCAAGCGCGGCGGCACCAAAACUCCGGCAGCCCUCCACGGCGGGAACGGCAGCCGUGAAGAGCAAAAGGAAGAAGACAACGGUAGAGGCCCUAAGCCAUGACGUUCUCUGCAUCAUUUUCUCCUUUCUCGAUUUAGUUCAGCUCAUUCGCUGCUCCGCUGUUUCAACUUCUUGGAGCAAAGCCGUUAACAAAUUGAAGUUACAUCAAACAGAAUAUUUUAAGCAGCAGCAUAGGGAUCCCAAUGGCCACAACGACGCAUCCUUCUCUCAGAGAUCAUUGAGUGAACAAGCGGAGGAGCUAGCUAUGGGACAACACAGAUUGGCUUUACAGAGAGGUCCUGGUACUGUUUUUCAGUGGAAAGGUCAUUCAGUAGGGGUAAAUCAGUGCAGAAUGAAGAUGGGAAAAGUCCUUACUGGUGUGGGUGACAAGGUCAUGCGUCUCUGGUCGGCAGAAAGCUGCAAAUGUUUGGAUGAAUAUUUCCUUGUCGAUAAAGCCCCUUUAAUUGAUUUUGAUUUUGAUGAGGGCAAGGUUGUUGGUUUGGUUGGCACCCGUAUAUGCAUCUGGAAUCGUACAGAGACGAGAAAUGUAUUUUCCUCACGUGAGAACUUAUUCACUAAGGCCCUCUGUAUGCGUUAUGUAGAUCCUGAAGCUGUGAUUGGAUGUGAGGAUGGAAAGGUUCGUGUAUUUGAUCUAUACAGCAGAAAGUGCUCCCAAAUAAUAAAGAUGCAUCAGGGGCCUGUUACAUGUGUAGCUUUAACUGAUGACCAAUUGCUUGUUAGUGGUUCCUCUCUCGGUACCCUUUCAUUAUCAGAUCUUUCUUCCGAUCAGCGAGUUGUUCUUCUGGGAUCAACCUUCUCUGCAGGGAUCAAGACUUUGUGUUUCAACCCUAGCUCCUGUAUGCUGUUUGCUGGAACUACUGCUGGAAAUGUGUCUUGUUGGGAUCUCAGGAUCACGACAAGAACUCUUUGGGAAACAAGAGUUUCUCCGAAUGUUAUUUAUUCCAUGCAUCACCUUAGGAACGACACUUCAACAUUGGUAGUUGGUGGAAUCGAUGGUGUAUUAAGAACUGUGGAUCAGGUAACUGGUGAAGUAAUUUCAAGAUGCAUAAUGGAUGAUAGUACCGCUGUGGUACAUCGCUCAACAGAGAGAUUUGGAACUAUACAAAUUGAGAGCAGGAAACUGAGAAGACUGUCGGAAAAUGAUCGUAUUGAUCUUAUGCCAAGAACUUGCAAGCCACAAAUCACAUGUUUAGCUGUUGGGAUGGAGAAAGUUGUUACUACGCAUAAUGAUAAGUAUAUCAGAGUUUGGAAAUUCAGGAAGUGAAAGGAUUCUCAUACACUUUGUAUUAGUGCUGUUUCAAGUCACAAUAACAUUAUCGUGCUGUUUUUGGCUUCUGACACCUUUCUUUGUUCCUGUAUGUGUGCGUGCUUGCUUUAUAUAGACUUUUCUUUGUUAUUUAGUUUA